AUGCAUUUUCGCGAUGAAAUCGGCGAUAAUUCAUUAACGCUUCACAGUAUUUUGCUCAAAUAUCUGUUAUCAUGUUCUGCUGCUCUUGUUGCUGAAACAGCCACAUAUCCUCUUGAUAUAGUAAAAACGAGAUUACAAGUGAUGGCAUUAACUGAUACUGAUCAGAUAACUUCGAAAUCUAAAUCAGCUCGGGGAAUGUUUCGAGUGGCUUACAAUAUCAUUCGGCAAGAGAGUUUAACUAGCCUUUGGCGAGGCGUCACUCCGGCCAUUUAUAGACAUUAUGUCUAUACUGGAAUACGAAUGGGAUGUUACGAAAUCAUUCGUGAUAAGCUUUUUGAUAAAGAAAAGGAUGUCAUUUUUCCUGCUUGUUAA